GGCCCGCUCGCUUGCACGUCCCGCGGGCGCCCUCCGCCCACCCCUCCGCUCCUCGGGUCCCGCCAGGCUGAGGCGCUGCUGCCGAGCACGGCACCGAGACGUGGCUGUCGGGCGGAGGAACCAUGUUGGACUUCGCGAUCUUCGCCGUUACCUUUCUGCUGGCGUUGGUGGGAGCGGUGCUCUACCUCUACCCGGCUUCCAGACAAGCUGCAGGAAUUCCGGGGAUAACUCCAACAGAAGAAAAAGAUGGUAAUCUUCCAGAUAUUGUGAACAGUGGAAGUUUGCAUGAGUUCUUGGCUAAUUUGCAUGAGAGAUAUGGGCCUGUGGUCUCUUUCUGGUUUGGAAGGCGCCUUGUGGUUAGUUUGGGCACUGUUGAAGUACUAAAGCAGCAUAUCAACCCCAAUAAGACAUCGGACCCUUUUGAAACCAUGCUAAAGUCAUUACUAAGGUAUCAGUCUGAUAGUGGGAACGUGCACGAAAACCACAAGAGGAAAAAAUUGUACGAAAAUGGUGUGACUGAUUCUCUGCAGAGUAAUUUUGCUCUCCUGCUAAAGCUUUCAGAAGAACUAUUGGAUAAAUGGCUCUCCUACCCAGAGUCCCAGCAUGUCCCCCUCUGCCAGCAUAUGCUUGGCUUUGCUAUGAAGUCUGUUACGCAGAUGGUAAUGGGUAGUACAUUUGAAGAUGAACAAGAAGUCAUUUGCUUCCAGAAGAAUCAUGGCACAGUUUGGUCUGAGAUUGGAAAAGGCUUUCUAGAUGGAUCACUUGAUAAAAGUACAACUCGGAAAAAACAAUAUGAAGAUGCCCUUAUGCAACUGGAAUCUAUUUUAAAGAAAAUCAUAAAAGAACGAAAAGGAAGGAACUUCAGUCAACAUAUUUUCAUUGACUCCUUACUACAGGGGAACCUUAAUGACCAACAGAUCCUAGAGGACAGUAUGAUAUUUUCUCUGGCCAGUUGCAUAAUAACUGCAAAAUUGUGCACCUGGGCAAUCUGUUUUUUAACCACCUAUGAAGAAGUUCAGAAAAAACUGUAUGAAGAGAUAGAUCAAGUUUUUGGGAAGGGACCUAUUACUCCAGAGAAAAUUGAGGAGCUCAGGUAUUGUCGGCAGGUGCUUUGUGAAACUGUUCGGACUGUGAAACUGACCCCAGUUUCUGCCCGGCUUCAAGAUAUCGAAGGAAAGAUUGACAAAUUUAUUAUUCCUAGGGAGACCCUUGUCGUUUAUGCCCUUGGAGUGGUACUUCAGGAUCCCAGUACUUGGCCAUCACCUUACAAGUUUGAUCCAGAGCGGUUUGACGAUGAAUCAGUAAUGAAAACUUUCUCCUUGCUUGGAUUCUCAGGCACACAGGAAUGCCCAGAGUUAAGGUUUGCAUAUAUGGUGACCACAGUACUUUUGAGUGUACUGGUGAGGAGACUGCACCUACUUUCUGUGGAGGGACAAGUUAUUGAAACAAAGUAUGAACUGGUAACAUCAUCCAAGGAAGAAGCUUGGAUCACUCUCUCAAAGAGAUAUUAAAAUGUAUACAUUUAACUUUGUUGAGGAAAAUGACUAUUUAGAAAAUCUGUAUUGAAUCCUUCUAUAAACCAAGCAUCACUGUGUAAUAUAAACAUCUAUUAGUAAGUCAUCAUGUAAAUUUGGAUUUUUGGAUAUCAGAGUUUCUUAAUGCAUCAUAUACAUUUAUACUUAUUGCAUCAAUAUAGUGAUAAUUUUAAAUGGGAGGCCUUCUACCUUUAACUUUUGUUUUAUCACUUUUUAGGCCAUUAUUUUCAUAUUCUUAGCCUUAGUUUGUCUCUAAAAUUAGUAUUUUUGAAGAGAAAUUAUUUUGCAAAAUAAUGUUUUCCAAAUAUUUAUAAAAGAGAAAACUAAUACUAACUCAUUUUCACACUUUAAAUCACCUUAAAGGGGACAAAGGAUUUUACAUAAUUCUAUUUAUUGGAUUAAUAUUUUUAUUUUCUAAGUAUAAGUUAGUUUGUGUUUAAUCAUUGUUAUUAGGUUUGAGUGAUUCAGUGAAUAAUGUACCUUGUGUUUGCUAUUGUAUGCCUUCCCAGACAACAGUGUUCAUUUCAUGACUUAUACUUUGCUCAUCAUUUUGAACAGUUCUAAAUCAUUUGGAAAACAGUUAUUUUUGAAUGUGUUUUUAAGUAUCCUUCCUAAGCAGCAAUUUACGAGUGAGGCUCGUCUGUCCUUUUUUGCUGGAAAUCUUAGCACUAUAUUACUCCACUAAUUCUCGUUUGUGGAAAAAGCAAUUCCUAAAUUGAUUCAUUAUUAUGUCAUAUCCUAACCAUAAUGAACUUGAUUAAGAAAUGAGAGAGCAUUAACUAAAAACCAAAACCAAAUUAAAAAAAAAGAAAACAAAGAUAUGUGAAAAUAUUUGCAAAAUAUAUGACAGAAGGGGAUAAUAUCCAUGUUACAUAUAAAGAGCUCAUACAGAUUUGUAAGAAAAUAUACAGUAGAUAAAUGGACAAAACAGCUUUUAUAAGGGGAAAAAGCUAAUAAACUUUUAGAAAAACGGUCAGUCUCCCUAGUAAGCAAAGAAGUAUUAGGGCUUUUUCAAAAAUAUUUUAAGUAUCUUUCAAAAUUUACAUUCCAGUACUGGUAAAUUUUAUAUUUAAUGCUUUUUUAUUGACAGCACUGUAUUUUAGUUUGCUUUUUCUGGUUACACUGUUCUUAAAGAAUUCUUUUUUAAAAAUAUGUUUUUUUAAAGAUAACUGAAGGAAAUAUGCCAAGUGCCGAUAGAAAGGAAAGGAAGAAUAAUGAUAAAUGUUUGAAAAUGGGCUUAUUUUUUGACGCUGCUGAAUUCUCUUUUAAUUUUAGUUUCAAGACUGCACCCUAGUUAUUGAGUUACUUUAUGCUGUGUUUAUGGUUAUAUAGCUAACAUUUUAGACCUAGUAAUGAGUAGUUAAAGAUAGAAACUAAGUAACUAGAUGUAGCCUUUAUUUCUGACAAAAAUGUUUAAUUUAUGGAAUAAUUUAAAUUCUGAAACUUUAAGUGAAAGUAUUCUUAGUUCCUAGCAUCAUGUUGUUUCUGUAUAGGCACAUUGUUAAAUUUAUUCCCUCUCGCCUAUCAUUUUCUAUGGUUUUGUGUAUAUAGAGCAUCUUCCUUUGUUAUCCAAGUACCUUGAUUGGUUUGGAAUCUGGCAGUGGAAGGUUAGAGCAGGCAGUUGAUAUGUAAACCAAGUGUCAGUAAAUCAGAUGAGAUAAGUGGAAUUUUAAAGCAAGUGAGACCUGAUCAGCAGCAACCAAAGCAAAAACAGGGUAGCUGAGCCAGAGUCAUGGUGUUGGCAUGUUGCCAAUAAAUGAGACAGUGUAUAAUAAUGAUUGGAUUCAGGAAAAUAGAGGAUAAAAGAAUCACAUAAAUAAGCAUAUUUUACCAAGAGUUACAUACAUAAGUUGAAACACUGAAAGUAAGUCAUCUUCUAGAGGAUUUUUUAGAAAUAAAAAAUACUGCUAAUCAUGUGCAAAAUAAGUUAUCCAUUCACUGUUGUUCUUCCUUGGCCCUCUGUAUUUGUCAGAUGACCUGAAUUCUAGCAGCCUCAGUGUCACUGAUGGCUCGUAGCAUGGCUCUAGCAGGACACUUACGUUUUAUAGCUUUUUGGUUUUUUAAAAAUUAUUUCUUCACUGAUUUUGAUCUGCAUUUUUUGAUAGUUCAGAAGGCUAUUGUUAAAAACAUCAAUACAAUAGAUUUUUUAUGGAACGAAAGGGCUCUUCCACACUUUGUGCUAAUAAAAUUCGAAACAGAAUCAAUUCUCUGCAUGUGUUUGGGAAAAGUGAAAAAUUCGCAUGCUGUUUGGCUCAGAUGUGCAGUUUCAUUUUUUUAUAUGGAUUCUAUCUUAUUUAUAGACCCAAUAUAAAAACUUGUUUUCUUUAUAUUAAAAUAGUUUGUAUUUUAAAGACAAGAUGUUCUAUUUUAGAAAAAUUAUAUGGGUUUAUUGUAGAAAAAUCUAGGAAAUAUAGAAGCACAAAAAUAGGAAACUCCAUCACCACUAUUUGAACUUAACCAGUGUUAAGCUUCUGAGGUAGAUCCUUCUACUUUUUUAUUCACAUGUAAUUUUUACAGACAUUUUAUAUACAUUGUUUUCUUCAUUUAAUAUGUUGUGAACCAACAGUGUUUUCUGCAACUGGAACAUUACUAUUCUCACACAGAAUGUAAGUGCAGACUUGUCAAUCUUUUUUUUUUUCUGCCUCUUUCCUGUCUCAGAUAUUGUUAUUCUUUUCAACUUUAAAAAUGGCCUUACUUCUCCAUUGCUUCUAUCAAAAGUUAUAUGUUAGUAGGCCUAAUUGCUAAAGUCAUAGCGCAAUCUAGAUGUUACAGUGAACAUUUAAGAAGUGAAAUUACUCCAUUAUCCUAAGAAAAAUCUUUAAUAUAAUUAAAUUCAAAUUGGGAUGGCUUUUCAUCUUUUAAGAGGACAUUUUAAGAAUCUUUAUUGUUGUUUUUAGUCUCCGGGGGAAACAGAUGAAGAGUCUUCCUUGAAGACAGCUUUAUUUCCCUUCAGACCCAUAAAAAGCACUGUUACCCUUUAUAAGAUGCACUUUUCUUUCACAUGUGGUUAUGUUGACAGAUUGAAAACUGCUUAAAAAAACAUAAUUCUACUGAGUGUGUAAAAGUGAAGACAUGGCCCGUAGGAUCAAGGAGUCGUUUAGAAGCUGUGAAAAGAUAGCUGUGAGAGAAAUCGACACUUUUCAAGGGUGGGUUUAUACAGUGUCAACAAAUUGAUGCUAGUGACCUUAUUUUUCUCCUUAGCCAGUCCUAUUCCUGUUUCCUAAGUUCCCAAGACCAAUGAUGAAGGUAGAAGGGGAGGAGUUGAGGGGAGGGAGGCUAUGACAACAAAGCAGUUACUGUUAGUGCAAAAGUCAGAAAAUCAGCACAGCCAAAAAGGCUGCAUACAGUGUUGCUUUGAGCGUUGUGAGUGACCUGCACUGAUGAAAAGGAGUGAGACUGAAACUUGCUGAAAGUAGAACAAGGGACUGGAACGAGCAUUUGUUACAAAACAAAUUCUUUAUAUAUCCAUCUCAUUUAGUCCUGAGAACGUAACACCAGGUACAGGUAGGACUAACUAAAAUAGUUCUUCAUUCCUACUAGAAGAAAUACUGUAAAUGAAGACAGCAAAGACUAGCUAAGAAACAGUAAAAGAUCUAAACUCCAGAUUAUCUCAGUAUCUUCAGUGGGGUUUAGUGGGGUUUUGUGCUUAUUUAAGAGAGAAUCAAGCAAGUUUCAAAUGAUGCACAAUUCAUAACAGCUGAAGAAAAUGAUGAAAAGAGUAAUAUGACAGCAGUUAUAAGAAGUCUCAAAGAAAACUCAUAUUGCCAACUCAGCUCAGCUGCCAUUUGUACAACUGUUUAAAUUUUUUCCUGUUCCCACAUACGUAUGCUUUUACCUAUUGCAGUCAGAACAGUAUGAUCUACCUUUCAUUUAAUGCAUUUCAGAUAUUUUCUUUUGUUACUUCAUUUUUGUAACGUCUAGUUUUGGUGGGGGGGGGGGGAGACUUUUAAAAUACAACAGAAAUCAAUUUCAUGUUUGAUUUAUAUAAUUUUAUAACACUGAAUGAAUGCAUAAUUGAAAAAUUUGAGCUGGGAGCCUUUUGGUAAAAUAUCCAGAUAGUAAACAAAAAGGCAGGAAAUGACAUUCCUUCUUCCAGUCUGCUUCCCAUUUAGUCAGUUUACAGUUUGGUGGCUAUCUUUCUACAGAUUGGGAACAGCUCUUGUUAUUGCAUGGAUGAAGUGCCAGGAGCAAAUAAGUGACAAGUAAUCCUGUUUGGUAGUUAAAAAACAAAACAAAACCUAUAUUUAUAUAAAUCUAAAAUAUUUGCAAGUUCUUGUUUUAAUUUCUAAUGCAUGUUGGUAGAGAAUGAAACUAUGUUAUCCCACCAUUGUAACUAUAUCACAGUUAAAGUUGUAACGUACCUGUCUCCAAAAAGGCAAUCAGUAAAUAUUUUUGAAUAAAUGAAUGAGAUCUACAUUGAGGUUUUCUGUGCAUAUAGAAUAAAGGAAAUUAUUGAAGUUACUUAAAAGUUGAAAAAGAUUUACAGAUAGCUAGACUACCUCUAAUGCUAGUAGUACUUUGUGAUAUGCUAAGUACCCCAUUGCUGGAAGUAUUUAUGAAGAUGUUGUAUGGACAUCUUUCAGUGAUGCCUGCAUUAGGUGUGAGCAUAGGUUUAUAAUAGGCUAUAGUUCUACAAAAUAUCAACCAAAAUAGUUGGUAAGCAAGCAGUCCUUUGUUCCUACUAUAUCUUAUCACUAGGUCAUCAUUAAAACUAGCAAAUGUUUUAAGGAUCAGGGUUUUUUUAUUAGGUUAGCAAGAGCAUCAUUAAUCCAGUGUGUGUCUCAUGGUGCACUAUCCUACGAGAUACUCUGAGAAAAAGUUUCCUUGGUCAUAUUCAUUCUCAGAUUGUGCACAUUCUUUCUCAGAAUGCAUAUUAAUAUAUUGGAAGAGCUGAGAAGUUCUACUGUAAGAAAACCCAUUUUAACUUGGUGUAACAUUGAAUGUUCCAAAUGUAUUUGAUGAACCCUUUUUCAAGCUAUACCUAUUAUCCUGAAAAACCAGUGUUUCAUGGAGGUGUAGUAUUCUAUAGAUCUAUGGAUGUAGUGUACAAAAUGAUCUACAGACAAAAGGAAUCUAAAGAAACAUCUGUCUUAGCUAGUUCUUUAAGCUGUGCAUGGUCCAGAGAUUCUCCAGACCAGGAGUGACCGUAUUCUUAGAACCAAGCCACCUGAAUUCCAUAUUCUCUCACUCCCUUACCUCCUCCUCUUUUCCUUGUCAGAGCAUAGAGCCCUCUUACUCUACUGACUCUUUUACCCUUCUGACUUCCAUUUCUGUCCAAAGAAAUGUGACCCAUUAGUCAGGCAACACUUUUUUACUGGUCAUUUAAUGCAUGCCAGAUCUUAUGCCAGAUGCUGGGGAUAUAGCAGUGAGCCAUCAGACAUGGAAUUUACUGUGUUCUAUCUCUUCUAUGCUUCACCCCCAGGAGGAAGAACCCCAAAGUCUCUUGUGCCAAAGCUUAACUUCCUAGCCCUUCAGUUCCCUAAGUCCUGGGUUUGGAAGCAAAUCAAGGACCCUUUAGGUUAGUGGCUGAAAGGGACAAAGGAAAGAACUUGUAGAUGAAUACAAGACAAAGAACAGAAGGCUUCAGUUACAGGCUGUAGGGGCAGAAGCAGCACAGGGAACCAUUGGGAGUCAAGCCAUUAUUUUUGUUAUUUUUAGUUUUUGAGCAAGAGAAUUCAACUACAUAUCUUAUCAAGGAAAACUGUCAACAUUGAUGCUGAAUAGGAAUACUGGAGAUCGUUCAGAGUGAGAAGAAACAAAGCUAGGAAUUGGUUUGACUUGGUUAAAGAGCAAUAUUAUAGUCAUUUGUAUGAAUUGUUCAGUUAUGCUGCAGCACUAGGUGUGUUUAUCUCUCAUGAUUUGUUGCUUGUGUUGCAAGGUCAUCAGCUAAUAGAUAAUUGAUUUUUAGAGCUUAAAAGGACCUUGUAGAGAUUACAUGACAUAGUUAAUAUUCUUGAUACAGAGCCUUUGAGGGAGAUGCAAAUGUGUUUUGAAUGUUAAAUUUACUUAGAUUUAAAAAUACAUAUCUUCAAGCAAAGUUGCCAUGACAACCUUUCUUAAUAUGUGUAUAAAAUUUAUGUCUGUCUGAGGUUUUCAUCUUACCCAAUACAGGUUUUAAUCACAAGAAUUGGGCACUGUGGUGUAUUUCUAUCUAGAUGGUGCCCUGUGGGAAUUAUAUAAUUUUGGAAAAUGCAAAUCAAGAUUAGAGCAGUUCGGUAGCAUGGUGAUCCCACCCAGGUAAAUGUCAUCUUGUUCUCUCCGUGAUCAGAGAUUGAUUUGGCUUCAAAUCCAAGAAGAAAUUCUGGAUUGAAAUAGAACCAUGAGUCUGUUCUGAGUUUCUGUCUUUUUCAUAUUUAGAGGAUUUGUAGGAGGGCCCUAGGAGGUUUGGGAAACUUUGGACUAAAUCUCUUGGGUAGCCCCCGAACUGAUCCAGUUUCCUUAGGAUCAUCUAAAUCUAAUCCAUAGUUGAUAGCAUAGGUUGACUCGGAACCACAAGAGACAUCUCUACAAUGACCAGGCAUGUGCACAGAGACACCCCAGAGACUCCUGGCCUGAACUCCAAUCCAGCAAUGCUAGAGAGAUACUAUUAUCAGACCUCUUCAGUCCCAUUUACCUUACUUCAGAUACCCUUGUCUGUCAGGCUCUCUUUUGCAUGUCAGGGGCCAGGAGAAGAGUACUAGGAUUUUGGACACCCAAAGUUCAGGAGGAAGGAAUUCUCAUCCUCAAUUCUGGAAAUAUGAAUUUAUUAAGCAGUGGAAUAAGGGGGUAGUCACUGGUACCUUUUAGUAACUAUGACUUGAACUUAAGAACUCUUAACAUGGCUGCCUGAGAUUUUGAGAUACUUGCUAAAGAGCUAUGUAUGUUUGUGUUUUAUAUUUUAGUUCCUCUGUGGUACAUUAAAAAAAAUUAAUGUUUUGUUGUAAUCUAAGAACCCCUGAAGAUAAUUAAGUUGAGGUUAGAAGUAUGAUCUACUAAUGUGCUAGUUUUGAUUUACUUUAGUCUUAAUAGACUCUGUAAAACUAUGUUACAUUUAAGAGAAUCCAUGGAUAUGUUCUAAUCCAGUACCCUUAUAAAAGGGGGAAAUGAAAGGUGAGAGAACUUAUUUUAUAUGAGAAUUUGCCCAGGCUAGUACUUUUUUUUUUUCUUUCAAACUUGUUUAGAAUGUGAUAUCCUUUUGGUUUCAUCUUAAAGAAUGAAUUUAAAACCAAGGAAAGGCCCCCUAAGCAAGAAGAACUGCCUAAAUUAGUAAACUAUGCUAUUGAUAACUGGGAGAAAUAGGUUAAUAGUCUCAUAAAAACAAGCACUUGAAAAGAGAUGUCCCAUCUAUGAUGGGACAUGCUACGAUGCUUAUAAAGAUUUGGGGGUUUAUUUUUAUUUUAAGAGGCACAAUCAGGGCCAACUACAUAAUCUGUAUGCCCAGUGCAAAAUGAAAAUAUGGAGUCUUAGCUGGGAAUGAAGUCAAUCUCCCCCACACCUCCAUGGGUCUGCUCUUUUAACCUAUGGUUGAUGAGAGACCCACAAGGGAUUGAAGUCCCCAUGCUGGGACAGUGUUGCUUACCUGGAUCACUGGUAGGCAAAGGAACCCUACCUGAUUACCUGGUGAACAUGCUGUGGUGUGGCCAGCCCAAAGCAGAGAUGACUUCUUCCAUGUCCUGCCUCAAGAUGCUGCACAGCAUACUGCUUGCUGGACCCAGCCCUCCCCACACCUGUACCCAGGCCCACGCUGGAGGGUGACCUGGCAGAAAGUGGGCCUCCCUCAUCAGCUCUUCUCCUCAUGCAAUCUUAUUGCUGCUCUGGGUAGAAGGCAGCAGUUGAAAUGGGCAGGGAUGGCUAGAGGGAGGCCAGGCAGGGCCCAGGGCACCAGGGAGCAAGGAAGCUGGUAACUGAGAACAUGUCUAGGGAGGCAAGGAAGUAAACUCUAAGCCCCCGGCCUAUACUCCACAGUCCCAUUGGACUUCACUUACAAAUUCACAAAUAAAAUUUGAGAAUUUCAACUGCACUGCCCUCAAAGUGUUAUACUCCAACAUAGGGUCCUUCUAAGCAGCAGGCUUCUGUGGUACUGCACUGACUGCACCCCAUGAAGGUAGCCCUGGACACAUCUGACCUUACACAGGAUGGUGCUGUGUGACUCAGUGGUUUUUGAGGGCUGUGCUUCCUGGUUGUAUGCUAGUUGUCCUUGCACAUAUCCAUAAACAUCUUUUUUAUGAUUUAUCAUCAAGCAAUUUAAACCUCUCUAGGAUGUCUUAAAUUAUUUACAAAGUAGGCAACAAAUAGAUGCCAAACAAAGCAAUUUUAUAAUAUACAUUUUUAUUAAAGUUGCAGAAGUGAUAAGUACACUAAAAGUCUCUUAUCUGAAGCCUCAUUUCACUGAUGGAAUGCUUACUUUCCUAUAUUUUAAUCAUAAUUGCCAAACAUUUUCUGCUGGAAGGUAAAAUGGGAUUUUUCCCUGAAAUAUCAUCAUGAUACCUUAUGAAAUGUUUCAGUGAUAUGAGUCAUUCAUUUAUUCAUGUGGUUGGACAUCUAGAUAAUAGAAAUCUGUGAGAAAUAUAUUGUUAAUUCCUGUGGAGGAGGAAGGAAGAAAUCCUACCGGUGUAUUUUAAGUGUAGUUAAAUUCAGUGUUCCUUGCCAUUUUAAAAUACCAAAAUUAUUCUCUUCUGCUCCUUUCUUUCCAAGAGGCUACAUAAAAUUACUCUGACAAAGAAAAUCAUGAGUCACUUUUUUGCUGCUAACCUCUUCUACAUUCCAUUUCAUGAACAUAGCAAUCAGUGGUCAAUGAUAUUCUUAUUUUUAGCAACCAUGUACUGUACAAGUGAGACUUAUUACUUUAUACCAUGGUUAGCAAUUUUGUCAAGGUAUUCUCUCUUUGUUUGCAAUAUUACUGAAACUGACAAGAGGGACUUCCCUGGUGGUGCAGUGGUUAAGAAGCUGCCUGCCAAUGCAGGGGACAUGGGUUCGAGCCCUGGUCCGGGAAGAUCUCACAUGCCAUGGAGCAACUAAGCCCUGCACCACAGCUACUGAGCCUGUGCUCUAGAGCCCGUGAGCCACAACUACUGAACCCGCAUACCACAACUACUGAAGCCCACACGCCUAGAAGCCCAUGCUCCACAAGCCUACCACAAUAAGAAGCCUGUGCACGGCAACAAAGAGUAGCCCCAGCUCGACGCAACUAGAGAAAGCCUGCAUGCAGCAACAAAGAUCCAAUGCAGCCAAUAAAUAAAUAAAUAAAUUUAUUUUUUAAAAAAAGAAAAACUAACAAGAAACAGAUUGUCAUUAAAAAAAAAGCAGCUUUGGAAAUCAUACAUGCUGCAGUGAAUAUUCAGCAUACAGGUUCUAAUGCUAUUUAAAGCAUAAUCAGAAAAACUGGUAUAUUUCAAACUCUUAGCAAUUCUUGUUAUUAAGUGAAGGUCAGUAUAGUUAGUAAUAAAAACCUAGGUAGUACAUUUUGAGGCCUGAUGCACUAUAAAAACUUUAACAUAAGGCAAAAUGUGAACAAAAGUAGCUAAUUUCAGAAAUCCAGUUUUUGUUAACUGAUUGGUGAUGUCUGCUGUGGCAAAUGAUCUGUUUUAUGCUUUAGCUCUGGAAUUCACUGUUUUUGUGGGGGAGGGCUAUGUAAAGCCAAUUUUAGUAGAAACUAAAGAAUUGAGGAAUUUUUAUUCUUCAAAAACAUAUGCCUUUCAAGAUAAAUAAUCUACCCCAUUGGUUAUAUCUAUACAUAGAGAUACAUUAUCAUGAAGAAUUUCAGGUUUAUAUUGUCCACUCCCAUGGUUUGAUGGAAAAGAUUUUUUUCUCUUUUUAUUUUUCACAGGAAAGGGAGCUAUUUUGUUGUCUCUCACAGGAAGCUAUUAUAGAGUCUACAUAUUUAAAUAUAAUCCUUCCAGGUUGUAUCUUGGGUAUAUGUUAUUUCCUCUCUUUGUAAGAGUAAUUUCUUCUUGAAAAAUGCUUUUUAUUGGGUAUUGGUUAGUAUGAGGGGAUUAUUGUUGAUUUUGUUAGAUGUGCUAACAAUAUUGUGGUUAUGUGGCAAAAUAUCCUUUUUUUUAGAGAUAUAUAAUAAAAUAUUUAGGGGUUAAAUGUCAUGAUUCCUGUAAUUUUCUUUAAAAUUCUUUAGCAUAAGAACAAUAGAAGGUGACAUAGAAGCUAUUGUUACAUCUAAUCAGUGGGUAUUUGUGUAUUCAUUAUACCAUUCUCCAUACUGUAUGUUUGUAAUUUCUAUAAUAAAGAGACAAAAAAAUGACUUUCAAUAAAAAUGAAGAAAAUAUG